UCGACAUUUCUUGACGUAAAUAUUCUCUCUUUUGUCAAACAACGCAGACAGGUUAAGGGGUGUCACUAGGAUUAAAAGUGUAAAAGGUGAUCACACACGGAACUUGGCAACACAAUAGUCAGAAUAAAACACCCUCCGAAGAAGAGCGUAAGGAAACUACAGCGACCGUUGGUCAGCUGGAUAUAACGUGCGCAUUAAUGAAUGUCGGUGUAGUCUACAAAAAAAAAAAAGAAAACAACGACUAAAAAAGUAAAGAACUGGUAGCGAGCGCAGGGAGUUUUGUUUUUCGUUUUCGUUGGAAAGAAAAUAAGAAAAUGGAACAUAAGAACUAUGAAAAUUACAGAGACCGGCUAAACUGUUAUAAUGAAAAAAGGUGGCCUCCAGAAACACCAGUGUAUAUCAAAGAAUUGGCAGAAGCUGGUUUUGUAUAUACUGGCCUUAACGACACAGUUUUUUGUUUUCGUUGUGGCAUAACAGUUUCUGAUUGGCGUGAAGGAGAUGAUCCCUUGAAGCGUCAUGAAGCUCUAAAUAAACAAUGUGCAUUUUUAGUAAAACGUUUAAAAGAUGUUUCUCCUUCCUCAAAUCAAAGGGAUGAAUCAAGAUUUUACAAAUCUUUGGAUGAUUUUGAACGUGAAUCACUACUAUAUGACUGGGAUCCAGAACAUGGAGUUGUGCGCAGAAAUCUUGUUGCACAAAGCACUACUAGUAUCGAGGACAAAAAAAAUUAUGCUAUCAACUCACCAGAUAAACCUAAGGAUGAUAAUACGGCAGAAAUGAAUCAACCCAGUCUUGCUCACAAGUACAUGCGUUUUGAAGUAGACAGAUUCCAAAGUUUUGCUGUUUGUCCUAUCAACAAACAUUGGCCAUCACCUGAGCUGCUAGCCUCUGCUGGAUUCUUUUAUUUGAACGACUCCAAAGGCAUGGCUUGUUUUUGUUGUGGUGUAGUAGUGGACGACUGGGAGACAUCAGAUCAAGAUGCUGUAAAGAGACACCAGUCAAUUUCUGCAAAUUGUGCGUUUAUUCAUGGAAAGCCUUGUGGUAAUGUAGCCAGCGAUGGCGAGCAUGAAUUUAUACCAGAAAUGCAAAUGUUAAAUAUAACUUCGCAAGAAAGUGCACCGAAUAUAUCACCAGAUCAACAAAACCACACUGAAAGAUCAUUUGAGCCUAAUCCUAUGGAAAGACAUUCUCAACUAACUCAAAUGGCCCCUCAAUAUCCUCUGCAACCGCCGGUAACAUUAGCUAUACCUGCAAUGGAUCUGUCAGAUAAAGCCAAACGUCUUGGCACCUUUAUCACCUACCCAAGAAAUGCUGCUGUGCAACCGGUUGAAUUAGCGGAAGCCGGCUUUUUUUACGUCGGGAAAGGUGAUGGUGUGCGGUGUUACAAGUGUGAUGUUUCACUUCGUCAAUUUGAGGAAGGAGAUAAAGCAUGGUCAGAACACUUACGAUAUUCUCCCGCUUGCCCGCUUGUUAUUAAGCAUUUGCGUAUUAUUAACGGUAUGGCCUAUCAAAAUCAGUACGUAGAAACUCAACCAGUGAGCACAUCACCUCCAGAUCCUAGAUAUCCGGCUCAACCCAAUGGACACUUUCCAUUUCGACCAGAAUAUGCUGAAUAUACAUGGAAUGGAAUACAAAAUGGAUACCCUUACAAACCAAGCUAUAAUGAACAGAAUUACCCGAGUAAUGGACAUGUUAGACCAAUGAAUGGGUACCACAAUGAACAACAUGUUAAUAAUUCACCCGUACAAUCUCUCUCACAAUACCAAAAUAAGUACUCUCAAGAACUACGCCACCCAUCCAUACCACAUAUGCCGCAACCGCAGUGGCAAAUGGUACGUCCCAAUUUCAGGCCUUACGACCUUACAAAUAAUCAAUUAGUUCCAUCGACGUAUGCUUUACAUCCGUCUCAACAAAUGUCCAGAAAUAGGAUUCCGCUUCAUCACCAAAUGUCAAGUCCGUUAGAGUCCCAGGCAAAUGAACAAUCUAUUGAUACAUCAUCGCAUGUGCGGCACAAUAGCGCUCCUUCACUAGUAAACCAGGUUACAAAAAACGCCAUGUCCGUGCCGUCUUCGUUAAACAGUCCAAGCUCUUCUCCAAACUCAUCACGUCAUAUUAGACAAAUUGACAAUAGAAAUGAACCUACAUUGACAAGUGUUUCUCAAAGUAGUCUAGACAGCCUACUCGAUAUGGGUUUUAAAAGAGAGGACGUGUUAAAAACUAUUAAAUGUUACACUGAGUAUUCCCCAAAACCUUUCAAAACGCCAGAUGAUUUAGCGCAGGCAGUGAUGUAUUUCCAACAGCACGGACAUCUAGAAGGAACACCGUUUGGAAAAAACCUUACAACCGAUCCGAGUGAAGAAGGCAAAAGUAUGAUAUAUGAUCGAGCAAAGAGAAAAGAAGUCAACGAAGAGGCGAAUGCAAAAAACUGUAAGAUAUGCACCAUUUGUUUUGACGCUGAUGUGGAAGUAACGUUUGUACCCUGUGGACAUCUUGUUGUUUGUCAGUCAUGCGCACUUGGUGUGAAGGAUUGUCCAAUAUGCCGGUUGCCGAUUGAGGAUACCGUGAGGACGUAUUUUUUUGGCAAUUAAUUGUAAUAAUUCGCCAUUGGGUGUAGUUGACAUGUCAUUAGAUGUGUUUAAUUACGUGUACUUUACGUACAUUACGCCAUUAGGUGUACUUGUGUUCUUCAAAGGAAAGGUGGUAUAUUAAUUAAAUUUCAAGCCAAGAAAAAAUGAAUACCUAUGGGUGAUUAUCUUAAUUAGUGAGUAGUUACGGCACUUUCCAUUUAAAACACGUUAGUCAUGAGCAUCGAGUGAAAAUCGUAACAGACAAAAAACGAUCAAGUAGCGUUUAACACAAUUAAGGUGCGUAAGAUCAGUCAAAGCGACUAACUUGCGUUAUCAGUCGAAAAGAUAAAGUUGCGUUUACAUCGCACGAGACCAAUAAAAAGAUAAAGUUGCGUUCACAUCACAUGAUACCAGUAUGAAAAGAUAAAGUUGCGUUUACAUCACACGAGACCAGUAAAAAGAUAAAGUUGCGUUCACAUCACAUGAUACCAGUAUGAAAAGAUAAAGUUGCGUUUACAUCACACGAGACCAGUAAAAAGAUAAAGUUGCGUUCACAUCACAUGAUACCAGUAUGAAAAGAUAAAGUUGCGUUUACAUCACACGAGACCAGUAAAAAGAUAAAGUUGCGUUCACAUCACAUGAUACCAGUAUGAAAAGAUAAAGUUGCGUUUACAUCACACGAGACCAGUAAAAAGAUAAAGUUGCGUUCACAUCACAUGAUACCAGUAAAAAGGGUGACGUUCAGAUCAAAAAAAAAUUACCAACAUACAGUUUUAUAUAUAUGUGGUGCGAAUCUCUUACCUGGCCAACUUUUGCAUUUUUAUGUGUUUAAAUAUUAUUUCUGUGAGAAACACAUUCUAGUGAUUAAACCUUAAACGUAAAAAGCUUAAGGCUUUACCGCGAAGGACGGAUAAAGCAUGUAAUAAUGUUUAUGUAUGAAUGAUAUCAUACAGGAGAGAUAAUUAUAAGAUUGGAGUUCAAUCUGCUCCUGUGCUAAAUCAAAAAAUUGACUAGGGCUGGUUGCCAAGUCGGUCAUUCACAAAACGGAUUUAAAAGCAUUGCUCGAUUAGCCAGCCUUCAGAUAUAAGAUAAUAAUGUUAAUGUUAAGUACGUAAUAAAUCUUUGUCGAAUUUAUUUUAUUUGAUGUGCCGCCGCUGCAUAAAUAAAUCAUCGAAAUUCGAGAAAGGUUUAUUGUUUUUAGAGAUUAGUAUUGUAUAAAUAGUUAUGAUAAAUUAAAAUCUCGUUUUCAGGUUGUUUUUAAAAAAAUAACCCGGGAAUGAAGUUGCUUGAUUAUCUUCAUUUUACCGUGUACAUAAGUAUUUUAAUUAAAGAUAUUCUCCUGUAUAAUUA